AUGCUCCCCCGCCAUCUCCGUGCUGCCGUCGUCACCUCCUCCGCGCCCGCACAAAUACGUGCGCUGCUCUACGCGCGAAGUUCGCUGCGGCCGACCUCGCUCCGGGCGCACCGUGUCAUUUCGCACCCACCGUCUGCGUCAUUCCACUCGUCUUCGCGCCGGCAGGAUGAGCAACCACGGUCGCCGUUCCAGACGUUUGUGGAAGUGCUGCGCGAAGAGCUGCGCAAGAAUCGUGAGCUGCAGGACAAUGUCAAGCAGCUGCAGGGCGACGUGGACAAGUUCCAGGACUCGGAGGCAAUGCGGAAGGCAAAGGCAGCGUACGAGCGGGCACGGCUCACCUCCAGCAUUAAAGAAAAUCCGCGGUUACGAGCUGCCGCAGAAGAGCUCCGUAAGACGGGUAUGAAGGUCGGUGAUGCCGUGUCGGAAGCACUCAAGACCAUGGAGGAGAGCGAGGUCAUGCGGGCGAUAUCUCGCGCGUCCGCCGCCGUGUCAAACACCAUCGCAUCUACCACCGAGCCAAUACGGAAAACAGAGGCCUAUAAGACACUUUCCGAAACGUGGGAGCGCGAAACAUGCAGGUUUGAGGAGAAGGAGGCACGGCGGAAGCGUCGGCAGGCACGUCUAGCCAAGGCAGGCAAGGAGAGCAUCACCCGCGCCGUCAAGGCCGACCCAGAAGCCGGCUCUGCAAUGGUACUGCACAAAGACUCGCCGAAGAACGAGCGCUGGGAGCGAUUGAAGGAGACGAACCCGGUUCUGCGUUCGCUCGCGUCGCUUCGUCAGGCAUACGACGAGUCGGAGAACCCGUCGUGGCGGAUGCGCGCGGUGACGGACACCAUAGGCGGGUGGUUCGAAGAGACGGAGCAGGCGCAGGUGCACCGCCGGAUGAAGCUGAUGGACCCGAGCUAUUCGCUGGAGAGCUUCGAGCGCGAGCUCCGGGAGUACAUUAUUCCAGAGGUGACGUAUAAUGUGCUAUGGGCGACGAUGGAGCAGUUCCUGCGGCAAGGUCUCGUGAGCGACAGCAAAGUGCUGGACAUUCGGCAAGUGGACAUAUCGGGAGCGAAGAUCCUCGAGAACGACAUCCCCGUGUUCGUAGUGACGUUCCAGACGCAGGAGAUGCUCAUCUUCCGGAACGCCAAGACGAGUGAGAUCAUGGUCGGUGCCGAGAACAAGGUCGAGCAGUGUCACUAUGCUGCCGUCGUCACACGGACAGAGGAGGAGCUCGAUAACGAGCUUACAGGAGGCUGGAAGGUCGUUGAGAUGGCCCGUCGAUCAUCGCGCGCAUACCUUUGA